AUGAAGGUUAAAAGCCGCUGGCUACUGGCGAGCGACCUUCAUUUCAAGCUUCACGAUCUUGACCGCGUCGCUCGUACGGCAGACUGGAUCGCCUCAAUCCCGCACCAAUAUAAUGUCUCCCGCGCCAUCAUCUGUGGUGAUCUUUUCACGACACGCACUUCUCAGCCGACGAACGUACUCGCGGCAUGUUACCGCUUCUUGGACAAGCUGGGCAGUGCCGUACCGCAUAUGGACAUUAUUUUGGGCAAUCAUGACUUGGCGUAUCGUCGUGAUUACACCACUUCGGCGUUGGAAGCGCUAGCUAUCGCCCGGCUGGCCCCGUUCGUUACACUCCACACUGAGAUCGGAUUUCAUAAGUGGGAUGGGAGGGAUGUACUCGUGAUGCCGUUCCGGGAAGAUCAAGGCGAAAUUAUCAAACAUAUACGCGAUUUGGACCCGAAUAUCGCGGAAAAGACAGUGGGGUUCGCACAUCUGGCAAUAAACCGGGCCAUAACCCAGAAACACAUCAUCAACCCUGAGACGGGAAUGGCCGGGUUGCCUAAUAGGUACCCAGGCCUUACCAGCGCGGGUGAAUUUGCACCGUUGGCAAGGACGUUUACCGGACACUUUCACAGUCACCAAACAAUCUUCCAAGCUACAAACCAGAACGGUCAAGAUCCACGAGGAAGCAUAACAUACAUCGGGGCGCCGUUACAGCUUACCUGGGCAGACCUGUUUGAUACUAGAAAGGGAGCCAUUUUACUCGACCCUGAAACCCUGGACGUUGAGUUUCUUGACAAUCCACAUGCCGUGGGCUACACGUGCGUCGAAGCGCAAGAGGUGCUAGCUGGCCGGAUAGACAUUGAUCAAAUUCGAGACAAGCAUGUCAUGGUCACGGGGAAGCUAUCGAUGUACAAAUACAUCUCUGCCAGGGACCGUCUUGUCAAAUUAGGAGCUCGUAGUGUGAGAGAUUGGAAACAUGUUGUAUCAGGGUUUAGCCAAAGCGGCCUCGGCAAGACUAUGCUUCCCGCUGAUAUUCAGAAUCGACGGAAUCGGGAAGAGGAGGUCUCGGAAGCCGUAGGAAACACCCUACCUAACCUCACUAGCCCCCUAACUGCUGCUUCGUCAGAACUGGCGACUGGUAAAGUGGAACUUAAACCAAUUGACCUGACCGGACUCAUCGAAGAAUAUGUGUCCUCUCUGGAUCUUGAAUCUACUUUGGAUGAUAGGCGUGAUAUAUUAUCUCUCGUUGGGAAGAGGCUCUUUAAUCUCCGCAACUCCUCUAGCGACAAGGUCGACUACGAUGUUAAAUACAAAGAUAUGCUCGACCCGUCACCCCAAUCUGCUCUUUUUAUCCCCGCGAACGACGCCCUACAGACAUCUAAGGCGGAGACAAUCUUCGUUGCAGACCCCGUUUCUAUCGAAAUCACGAAUUUCCUUGGCGUCCAAGGCACUCUCAGUUUAGACUUCAAGCAACACUUUCAGCCUGGUAUAAACUUAAUAGUGGGGCACAACGGGGCAGGGAAGAGUACGAUUAUCGAAGCAAUCGUCUGGUGCCAAUUUGGACAAUGCAUCCGAGGCGGACUAGGGGUUAAUGAUGUCGUUAAUGAUGUUGCUAAGAAGAAUUGCAACGUCCGUCUGACGUUUGCAAACGGGUACACUAUCUCGCGAUUCCGGAAGCACGCCGAGUUCCGCAACGGUGUGAUUGUGGAAAAGGACGGCGUAAUCCAAUCGCAAUUUGAAGGACCCGAUGCAAAAAGUACCCAGGCAUCUAUUGAUAGUCUGUUGGGGGUCGACUUCGAUACGUUUAUCAGGAUAGUCUUGCUCGGGAACGAGAGUGCUCCUAGCUUCUUGAAUUCCAAUCCAUUGCAGAAGAGGCAGUUGAUCGAGUUGGUUUUAGGACUAGAGGUCUUAGAUGGAUGUGCGGAGACAUGCAACUCGAUGUUGAACCAAGUUGAGGAGGAAUUGGGGGGUAUGCAGUCGCAACUUGGUGGAGUCACGCACAAAGCAGAGCUCCUCACAAGUCGAGUCGGUCAGAUAAACCAGACUUUGAAACUCCUGCAGCAGGAGGUAGCAUCUCUUGCUAAGGAAAUGGAGGGCAAGAAACUGAAGCACGAGGCAAUUAUGAAUCAGAAGGAGCUUGUUGGUAAAAAGCUCCGGGAAAGCCUUGAGGCUGAGAAGCUUCUACCGGAUUUAAAACCUAAGCUUCUGAGCCUUCGAAGUGAUAUUUCUUCAGCGCAAAAUGAGGUGGAUAGGCUUGAUGUCUUGGCUAGGCUCGCUCAAGCCCGCUCAUUUAUAGAUCGUGAGCGGGUCAUUAUCGAGCAAGAGGUAAUAACAACCAAUACGCAGCUGCAUCAUCAUCAGGACGAUCUUCAGCGCCUUAUUGAAGAGAACAGCGUGCUGGAUAUUCCAUCUUCAAGUAUCGAUGAACACAAAGACAUCAAACGAGAUGGUAAUAGCGGCGCGCAAGGUUUCAUACUGAAUGUCACACUUGCCUUUCGAAAAUUUUGGACAUCGAUCCUUAACAUCGUCAGUCCGAGAGCAAGGGAAAUAGCUCUUAGGGCCAUGGAAGCUAGGCGGCGGUGGGACGAGCACACGAAGGCUGUCAUCACUCUCACCAAUAGAAUCACUCACAUGCAAGACAGAAUAGCAAGUAUGAUGGACAAUAUAGCAAGCCUUCCUAGCAAUGUUGCCAGCCAGACUGGAAUUAAUGAGGGUGAUGUUCAUCUUGCCUUACGAAAACUUACAGCACAAGAAGCAUUAAAAGUUCCUCGCCAGUUGACUCUAGCCAUAGAUGAGCUAAGGACACUGAGUAAUCGGCACACUCAACUACAACUUGAGCACGAAACGCGAGAGAAAAAACGACUCCGAAAACAACGCGACGUCGAAGAACAUGAGAAGCAGACAGAAUCUAUAAGAAAAAGCUGGACUGAAUCCUUCAACAAGUACCAUCUUUCGCUCGCCAGAAAAGAGCAAGAAAUCACCACGCACAAAGAACUCCUCGAAUCCGAAGUCGAGUCCCUCGCUAAAUAUAGCCACCAAAUCGUCGACCUAAGAAAAGAAGUCGCCAGCAUAGACUCCAACCGCGAAAUCUUCGCCUUCUGGCAAUCGGCCCUCACCAGGCGCCAGGUCUCCGCCUCACGACACACGUUCCGCCGCCACGUCAUCGGACGGCAUCUCGGGGAGCUCAACAAGCUGCUCGGCCAGAUCCUGAUGGUCAUGUACCAGGACGCGCACUACGCGCGCCACAUGACAAGCGGCGCCCUGAAAACCCUCUUCGAAGACGACGGGGAAACCCCUUCCCCCCCACCUAGCAACAACGAAGAAGAGGGUAGCACCUCGGUCCUCGAACCCUCGCUCUCAAUGGCUUCCACCCUAGGGUACUCCAAGAAAAGCGGGGGCGAGCGUAAACGCGUCGACCUAGCUCUCUUCUUCGCGCUAUUCGUGAUGAGCGAGGCGCGCAGCGCGCAUCGGGCGCGGUACAUGCUCGUCGACGAAGCCUUCGACGGGCUCGACGCGGCGGGCCAAGCCGCGGUGCUGAAGCUCUGCCACUGGAUGACGGGCCGCUUGGCUUACGUGUUUGUGAUUACUCAUAGUCGGAGCUUCAUCACGCUUGCGGAAGACGAGGGCGGUGCGGAGGGGGAGGUCGGCGCGAGUGUGGUUAUGGCGAAGGCGGGGGAGAAGGGGACGGAGUUUGUGGUUAAUGGGGUUUGUGUUAGUAGUGCGGCUGGGGAGAGGGAGGAUUAG